AUGGCAGGAAAAACAAGCAAGGGCAGGGCUCGAAAAGGUUCUCGUGGUAGUAAUCAUAAUAACGUUAACAAUGGGAGAAGAGGUUCGCGUAAUCAAAAUGAUCGUAAUAAUGAUAAUAAUAAUAAUGGGAAUGAUUCUGAACACGUCCCAACAAAGGAGAGCACAGAAGUGAUCGCAAAUGUAAUGCCAUACACAGAGACCGGAGAAAAACAAGAAGAUCCUCCGUAUUUGUCUUCAUUCAUCAAAACGAUAACAGGGGACAAGCUUGACGUUCAGUUCGGUUCAGGGGACGCUGUGGUGGACAUAAAACAGUUCCUUAUGGAUUCGAAGGACACGUGUUUUGUCACGUCAUAUGAAUUGAUCCUACACACGAAGGAUGGACGCACCCAUCUUCUUGAAGAUCACAAUGUGAUUUCUGAGGUGGCUGAAAUUACUUCGGGUGAUUUUUCCUUUGAAAUGGUUCCAGCAUUGUAUGAUGAUAAGUCCAUAAGGCUUCAUGUUCGACGUACUAAAGAGUUGCUUACCCUUUCUAACAUCCCUGCUUCAUCAUUAUCCUUCUCACUUGCCCUGGAGAAUGAGAAGGAACAAAGUAAAGUUGCGAAUUUUGGAGAUGCCAUGAAAAAUGAGGUUCCUGAGCUGGAUGGACUUGGUUAUUUGGAGGAUGUCUCUGGUUUCUUGGGCAAUUUACUACCAUCCCCAUUGAAGGAUGUAAAGUGUGUAGAGAGCAUAAUGUUUUCGUCAUUCAAUCCUCCCCCAAGCUUUAGAAGGCUUGUUGGAGAUCUGAUUUAUUUGGAUGUGAUAACUCUGGAGGGUAAUGAGUUUUGUAUAACGGGAAGUACAAGGAUGUUUUAUGUUAAUUCGUGCACAGCAAACACUUUUGACCCAAGCCCAAGCAAAGCUACUUUUGAAGCAACAACUCUUGUUGCUCUCUUGCAAAAGAUUAGCCCGAAGUUCAAGAAAGCUUUCCGUGAAAUUUUGGAGCAAAAAGCUGCUGCACAGCCUUCCGAAAAUGCGCAGUCUCCAUUUUUGGCUAAUUCGUGGCUUGGGUUAUACCCAGUUCCUGACCACAGACGUGAUUCAGCCAGGGCUGAGAAUUCCUGGACACUCCUGUAUGGAACUGAACCAAUUGGCAUGCAAAGAGAGUGGAACGAGGAGCUGCAAUCAUGUCGAGAAUUACCCCGCACAACUCAACAUGAGAGGGUUGUGCGGGAUAGGGCACUUCAUAGAGUGACAUCAGAUUUCGUUGAUGCAGCAAUUAGUGGUGCUAUUGGAGUAAUUAACGGCUGCAUUCCUCCAAUAAACCCAACUGACAGAGAAUGUUUUCACAUGUACCUGCACAACAAUAUAUUCUUUAGUGUUGCUAUCGAUACUGACCUUCAGAAGUUGUCAAAGAAAUCUUCAGAUGCUUAUUCAAAAAUGUGCAGCACAGGCGACCUGCACGUUUCUUCUGAAAAAUCUGCUGACUUCCAGUUUCCAAAUGGGGUGAAAAAUGAUUAUUCCAGGUUAGAAGAUUGUACUAAUGGCUUGGAAGACACUGAAGAUCUUCCUUCUGAAGCCCAAGACGUGGCCACAUAUGCUUCUGUAAAUAAUGAUAUGAAUGGCACAAAGGCUUACCAGGAAGCUGAUGUCCCCGGACUUUAUAAUCUUGCUGUGGCUAUAAUUGACUACAGGGGUCACAGAGUGUUAGCCCAGAGUAUCUUACCAGGCAUUCUUCAAGGGGACAAUUCGGACUCUCUCAUCUAUGGCUCUCUUGACAAUGGAAAGAAAAUUCUCUGUGAUGAAGAGUUCCAUUCUAAGGUAUUGGAGGCUGCCAAACAUCUUCAUUUGAAGGAACACUCAGUCCUUGAUAGAUCUGGAAAUGUUUCCAAAUUAGCUGUGGCAGUGGAAUGCAAGGGCAUUGUUGGCAGUGACAAACGGCAUUAUCUUCUGGAUUUAGUGAGGGUAACUCCUCGGGAUGCAAACUAUACUGGCCCAGAUUCUAGAUAUUCUAUCUUAAGAGCAGAAUUAAUUGCUGCCUUUUGCCAGGCCCAAGCAGCAGAUAAAUCAAAAUCCAAGGAGGCAGAUAACAUGGCCAAUGAUUCAGAAAAUGUUGCUAAUGCUGACAAGCCGGAUUUGACAAAGGAGAAGAAGACUGAGGAUGCAAAAGAACUUUCUUCUGCAUCUGCCGAAAGCUCAGACCGUUAUGGUGAAAUAGUUUUUAACCCUAAUGUUUUCACUGCAUUCAAGCUGGCUGAAAGCCCAGAGGAAAUAGCUGCUGAUGAAAACAAUGUGCAAAAAGUUAGUCUAUAUCUUACUGAUGUUGUGAUUCCAAAGUUUAUACAAGAUUUGUACAUGCUUAAAGUUUCACCCAUGGAUGGUCAAACCUUAACAGAAGCACUCCAUGCUCAUGGAAUAAAUGUUCGCUAUAUUGGCAAAGUGGCUGGUGGGAUUAGACAUAUACCUCAUCUGUGGGAUCUUUGUACUAAUGAGAUUGUCGUCAGAUCUUCCAAGCACAUUAUCAAUGAUGUAUUGAGAGACACUGAGGAUCAUGAUCUUGCACCAGCUAUAUCUCGUUUAUUUAACUGCAUAUUUGGAAACUGUCAAGCUCUCAGUGGAAAAGUCGCUAAUGGCACACAGUCCAGAAGUCCAAAAAAGGAACAUUCCAAAUGGCAACCACGAAGGGGAGACAAGAAAUCCUUAAUAAACAGUCAACCUUCGUACAUGAGCCUUGACUCUGAAUCUCUUUGGUCUGACAUUCAAGAAUUUGCAAUGAUCAAAUACAAGUUUGAGCUGCCCGAGGAUGCAAGAUCACGUGUGAAGAAAAUUUCUGUUAUUCGUAAUCUCUGCCUGAAGGUUGGUAUCACCAUUUCAGCUCGUAAAUAUGAUCUUAAUUCUGCAACACCCUUCCAAACAUCCGAUAUCUUGGAUCUGUGGCCAGUUGUCAAGCAUUCAAUUCCAGUGAGUUCAGAAGUCAAGGAACUUGUGGAAGCAGGAAAGCUACAACUUGCUGAGGAUAUGCUCGGUGAAGCCUACACUUUAUUUUCAGAGGCACUCUCAAUUUUACAACAGGUUACCGGUCCAGUGCAUCGGGAGGUUGCUAAUUGCUGUCGGUAUCUUGCCAUGGUUUUGUAUCAUGCUGGAGACAUGGCUGGGGCUAUUACUCAACAACAAAAGGAGUUAAUUAUCAAUGAGCGUAGUCUUGGUCUAGAUCAUCCUGACACUGCUCACAGUUAUUGCAAUAUGGCUCUAUUCUAUCAUGGACUUAACCAAACAGAACUUUCCCUACACUUCAUGUCACGUGCUUUGCUCCUACUAAAUUUGUCAUCUGGCCCUGAUCAUCCUGACAUCCCGGCAACUUUCAUCAAUGUUGCAAUGAUGUAUCAGGAACUAGGAAAGAUGAACAUAGCUCUUCGUUACCUGCAAGAGGCUUUAAAGAAGAAUGAAAGGCUUCUUGGUGAGGAGCACAUCCAAACUGCCCUAAGUUAUCAUGCUCUUGCUAUCGCAUUUAACUGCAUGGGUGCUUUCAAACUCUCUUACCAGCAUGAGAAGAGAACAUUUGAUAUACUUGCCAAACAACUUGGUGAAGAUGAUUCCAAGACACGAGAUGCACAAAAUUGGAUGCAUAAAUUUAAGAUGCGUGAACUACAGAAGAAUGCUCAAAAGCAAAAGGAUCAAGCUCUGAAUGAUGCUUCUACUCAAAAGGCCAUUGAUAUGUUGAAGGCACGCCCUGAGUUGAUACAUGCAUUCCAGGCUGCUACAGUUGCUGGCGGUUCCGGAAGUUCAAGUUCAUCUGCAAACAAUUCCCUCAAUGCUGCAUUAAUUGGUGAGACUCUCCCCAGAGGAAGGGGAAUUGACGAAAGGGCAGCACGUGCCGCUGCUGUAGUCAGGAGGAAGGCUGCAGCACGGGGUCUUUUACGUCCUCAUGGUGGACAACUUCAAGCAAUGCCUCCGCUUACACAACUUCUCAAUAUUAUAAAUUCAGGAAUAACUCCAGAUGCUGUGGAAAAUGGGGAUGCAGAUGUAGCAGUAAAGAAGAAAGACAUUUCAAGUGAUGCAACUGAUGCUAAAAAUGAAACAUCAAAGCCUGUUCAAGAACAAGUUCCACCAGAUCAAGAACAAGCCCCGGUUGGAUUGGGAAAAGGGUUGGCAUCAUUGGAUGCCAAGAAACGAAAAUCAAAAUCAGGGGCUUAA